CACUUGCCGCUGAUCUCCUCUUGCAAUGACACGCCAUCUCUUGGCUCCCUUGGAUCGCGUUCGUCAUGGUGCGACACGAACUGCGACGUUAUGCGGGGUUGCCACUGCCGAGUUCAAAGUUACGUGUCGGUGAACCCAGAACCCCGCAUCGACGACGCGUUGACUGGCGACGUACUGUUGCACUUUGUGACUCACUCUGCACACCAUAAACAUCAAUAUCAAGACGUCGAGGUUAAGUAGGAUAUGACGCGGGGCGCUGUUUCUAGACCACGCUGGAGUGAAGGUCAACUGCUGCAAAAGAUGUCCAAUCCUGAAGGAAUCUCCCCCCAGGAGGACAGCGGUAAGCCAGACUAUUCCAACGAGGCCGUUUUUCGAAGGAACACGCUACCCCCGCGAUCCUAUUACAUCCCGGAAAAUGCACUGGUCCUGAACGGUCAGUGGGAUUUUCACUACGCUUCGAGUCCGCUAAAAGCCCCCAAGCCAACGUCCGGCUCCGCGGGUCCUCAAACGAGCAGCAGAUUGGCCGAAACCGAGGACGGUUGGACGACUAUACAGGUACCUGGCCAUUGGCAGUUAGAGGGCCAUGGCAUUCCACACUACACGAAUGUCCAGUACCCGAUUCCUGUCUGCCCGCCCUACGUCCCCACCGAGAAUCCUACCGGGACGUACAGGCGGAUUUUCCAUGUGCCCUCGUCUUGGGGCCACAAUGACCAACUCCGGCUACGAUUUGAUGGCGUCGACAGUGCCUAUCAUGUCUGGGUAAACGGUGUCCUCGUGGGAUAUGCCCAGGGGUCAAGGAAUCCACAUGAAUUUGACGUCACCCCCUACGUCCACCGACAGGGAGCGAACGAGGUCUUUGUGACUGUGUACCAGUGGUCCGACGGCUCUUACAUUGAAGAUCAAGACCAAUGGUGGCUAUCAGGAAUCUAUCGCGAUGUGCAUCUUAUCCCGGUGCCAUCCGAUAUACGAAUCGAGGACUGGUUUCUCCGGGGUGAUCUGGACAACGAGUACAAGCAUGGAAAUCUUCAUGCUACACUCAAUAUUGUCGCUAGUUCCCGCGCAUCCAUCACCAUAGCUCUCCGCGAGCUGCCAAAGAAUGGAGGGAAAACGGUCCUCACUGCUCACCAUGAUAUUAGCAACGAUGGCGAGAUUCACUUCGAAAUCCCCGUUGCUGAGCCGAAGAAAUGGACCGCCGAGACGCCAUACCUAUACGCCGUGGAAAUCUCCGUCGCCACGGAAACAAGGACCCAUAAAGUGUCCCAGAAGAUAGGUUUCCGGAAGGUUGAGCUGAAGAGUGGCUUGAUCUGUGUCAAUGGUACACCAAUCAAGCUUAGCGGAGUUAACAGACACGACCACCACCCGUUGUUUGGACGAGCUGUUCCCCUCGACUUCGUCCGGCAGGACUUGUUCCUCAUGAAGAAGCACAACAUCAAUGCCCUCCGCUGCAGCCACUACCCUAGCCACCCAAAGCUUUUUGAUAUAGCGGACGAACUGGGACUUUGGCUCAUUGAUGAGGCAGACCUCGAGUGUCACGGUUUCUAUGACGCCGUAGCACGACCCCUGAACAUCCCAGAGGAAAUGGACUACGAGGAGCGGAAGAAGUUGACUUUCGGACAAGCGGCCAAGUACACCAGCGACAACCCUUCAUGGAAGGCCGCGUAUUUAGACAGGAUGGAGCAGAUGGUGCAACGUGAUAAGAACCAUCCCUCCAUCAUCAUGUGGUCCCUGGGCAACGAAGCUUUCUAUGGCCAGAAUCACAAAGCAAUGUACCAGUACGCUAAGAAGGUCGAUCCCGGGCGCUUGGUGCACUACGAGGGCGAUGUCCAUGCCGUCUCUGCAGACGUAUUCUCGUACAUGUACGCUCCCGUUGACCGGUUGAUUGAACUUGCAAAGACCGAAGGAGUCAAACCUGACGGGAGCUUUGAGAAGCCGAUUAUUCUCUGCGAAUAUGCGCACGCAAUGGGCAAUGGGCCGGGGUGGCUGCAAGAUUAUGAGGAGGCCUUCCGGACCUACCCACGGCUCCAAGGCGGGUUUAUUUGGGAAUGGGCAAAUCACGGCCUAUGGAAAGAGGACCCUGAUGGCAAGUCCUACUAUGCAUAUGGCGGUGACUUUGGGGACGUGCCAAACGACGGCACGUUCGUGAUGGACGGGCUGCUAUACAGUACGCACAAGCCAACCCCGGGUUUGGUAGAGUUGAAGAAGGUCAUACAGCCUCUCAAGCUGUCCGCCGAUGGGGACAGCCUAGUUAUUUCGAAUCUCUACAACUUCAUUGGACUUGAACACCUUGCUGCAACUUACGCCCUGGAGGAAUUCUCAGAGAGCACAUCGCUUCUCGCCUCUGGGGUCUUGGAUCUGCCAGCAAUUCUGCCAGGAUCAACUGGCAAAAUUCCGCUCCCAGUCACGGCACGAAAUAUCAAGUCUGAACAUGAAGUAUACUUAACAGUGUCGUUCCGUCUCCGCGCUGCAACCUCUUGGGCAGACGUUGGUCACGAAAUAGCCUGGAGUCAGCACCAAAUCUCGGCAGGAAAGCCAGAAUUACCGGCAAGUUUAGGCCAGACGCACUCAAGUCUACCGGUAGAGUUUAUCAGUGCCGGCGGGGAGAUAAAGGUCUACGGCAACAACUUUACCUUGUCCUUCGACCGGUCUCGGGGUCACCUCACGCGCUGGACAGCAGGCGGUGCGCCUAUCCUCAUCCCUGACCCAGUCACAGGCGCCGCCAUCACCCCGUCCUUCUGGCGGCCCCCAACCGACAACGACAACCCAUCUUCCUUCCCCUAUUGGCAACGCUUCGGGGUUGAUGCAAUGACAAGCCAAGUGCGCUCCUUACACAUCGACACAGAAGAGGGUGUCCAACUCACGGUCACCACCUUCCUCACACCCCCUGUACUAGACUGGGGCUUUCUCGCCACUACAACCUACUCCAUCUCACCCGCAGGAUCGCUAUCCAUACGAGUCCGCCUCAAGCCCACGGGCUCGGCACCAAAACACGUCCCUCGCGCCGGGCUCAACCUCCGACUGCCCGGCCGCCUGAGCAAGGUCGCCUGGUUCGGCCUCGGACCGGGCGAAUCGUACCCGGACAAGCAAGCCGCGCAGCGGGUGGGCAUCUGGAGCGCCGCAUCAGUGGACGAGCUCCACACCCCCUACGAGGUGCCCCAAGAAGGCGGGAACAGGAUGGGCACGAGAUGGGUUAGCUUACGGGAGCCUUGGGGUGGUGGAGCGGGCCUGAGGGCAAUCGCUGCGGGCGAAGGGGAGUGGUCUGCGAAUUGCGAGAGGAGGUUCAGCUUCCAGGUGAGCAAGUUCAGUGACCGCACGGUGCAGGCGGCGAAGCACCCGUGUGAUUUGGUGGAGGAGGCGGAUGGGGCGACGCUGUUACGGCUGGAUGGGAGAGUGGCGGGAGUUGGCACGGCGGCUUGUGGGCCGGGGGUGAGAGAGGACUUGCUGGUCAGGGUUGAGGAGAUGGAGUUUGGGUUCGUGUUGGAGGCGUUGGGGGUGUGAGGCGCUGCGGGUGAAAGACGGUGCGCAAGAAAGGGUAGAAACAUGAAAAUGACUAGAUGUUGGCAUGUUGCUGGUAAAAGGAUAGUCUCAAUUGGAUCGAUGGGAAUUACAGUAGGGAGACGAAGCACGGAGAACGCUGUUCUUAUGGGGAAAUCUAUUUUCCUUGUGUAAGUGAGGGCGGUCCUGUAGCUUGGAGUUGGACUGCAUCAUCUCCGUGUCGACAGAAAGGCGUCUCCUUUCUCAUCAUCAAGGUGGAUUUGGUCAGAUUGUUCAACACCUGCAUCC